AUGUCCCUCCAAAUGAUUGAACAGUUGCAAGUUAGUUUUAAUCUGCAAGCUUCUCUUAUUGAUACGCUGCAUGUACAAUUAGAAGAUUACCGCACCCAGGCACAAAAUGCAGCUCACGCUGCUGGAUUCUUACAAGAUAAAGUUCAUAAUUUAGAAUCCAAAAAUAUUAUCCUUGAUCAAGCUGUAGACACCUUACAAUGCCUGCGUACUAAGCACUCUCCUUCUUUAAAACUAGGAGGUAAGGCUCGGGGAAGUGCUAUAUUUAAAAAAUCCCCUGUUGCUCAUGAAAACAAAUGGUAUCAGAUUGCCACCUUGUCAGUCGAUCUUCCUUCUGCUUUAAUUAAUGAAGACGACGUUGCUAUGUGGAUGGAGCAUAAAAAUGAAAAUAUUGAGUUUCCUUCACAAACAAUUUCUGUCCCCUCUGCUCCUCCCACGUAUACACAUUUGUAUCCAGAAUUGCCAAUUGAAUUUUCUAAAACUAAUCUUGUUCCUUGUAAUCCUAUAACACGUGGUCCUCAAUUAGAGGCUAACGAAGUGUUAUCAGAUGACAAAUUGAAGGAAAUUUCUGCACAUCAUGCUAGAAUAGAAAAAGAAUAUAAUGAUAUGGAAAUGACUUUACAUAAUGUAAAACAAUCAUUUUCACAAGAACACCAGCAGAGACGAGACUUAGAAGCAGAGUUGUCUGAAGCUGCACGACUAUUAACUGAGACUAAAACUGACCUUGAACGUUUUAGGCUUGACAAUGACGAGUUACAACGGGUAAAUGACAAACUUAAGGCUACUACUAAAAAACAAGAAAAGACUACUAGCAUAUUGCAUGAUACUACACAAGACCUUAAGACUGCUAACAAACAACUGCAAAGUGACCUUAAAGAGGCUAAAACUAAACGACAUGUUGUUAUUUCUGAUCCUGUUAAUGUACACAUGACAGCACCUUCUUCUGUGAAAGCGACAGAAGCCAGGGCUGUCUUAUCUGAAAUAGGACAAGCUCCUGUAAAUAAGGGUACUAUUGAGGAUUUCAAUAGAUUCACACAUUGGAUCGGAAAACUCCUUCGCUGGGGUUCUUCGGAUUCACAACUAAUAGAGAUUUUUCUGAAAGGUCUGGGAUCCUGUUCAGCUGUCAUAGAAGGUUUUGCACAAACUUUUUCUCAGCUGUUAGAACGGUGUUGCCAUAAACUAUUUCAUUUGUCUAGUCCGUUCCAGAUUAACAAAGCUUUUAUCUCACUUCCUAAUGAGUCUAUCACAGAAACUGCUAACAGAGUAAUUGUUUUCCUUGCUGCUCUUACUAAUGGGGCUACUUCUUCAGAAAAACGUUCUGAAAUACAAGCUGACCUUAAAUUGGAUCCAGCAGUGCGGGAGUUAAUUUUCACUCUUGUACCAAGUAACAUUUCUCAUGUUAUGACCAUCUGUUACGGUGACCUGAGGAAUGUUGACUUUAAUUCAUGGCUUGACCGUUUGCAAGUUGAAAUGGAUAGAUAUUCUAAACCCUCUCCGAUUUCUGAAAUAACAUAUCAGGCUCAAAGAUCUUGGAGAGAUGGACAGCAAUUAAAUAAUGCCUCUAAUACUUGGCAGACAGAAGGUCCACAGUACCGUGGACGGGGUGGUUUUAGAGGUAGAUUUAAUACUACAAGACGUGGCAUAGGAAAAGAUGGUGAGUGGAUUCCCUUGAGGGAUAUUAUUGCAUCUCAAAAAGCGUUACAACAUUCUGUUGAGUUACUUAGAAAACAAGUAGAGCAAGCUAAUUUAAUGCCUGUUGCAACUCUAACAACUUCCCUUCCACCCCUCUCCUCCUGCUAG